AUCUAUAAAACCUUUUAGUUAAAUUAUUUUACACUCUCCCCAGCGCCAUUUGUUCAAAAGUAACCUUCUGUAUUGUUUGGUUCGUUUUAUUUAUUUUUUUUAUCUAGAUACGGUUGAAAACAGGAAUAAUUGUUUUAGACUACCUGGAAAAGAUUAUCACAUUUUCAGGAAUCUGUAUUGUAUUUUUAGUUCUCAUAAUGGCUCCAACAGAUAAUACUUCUUCUGAUUCUGGGACUGACAUGUUUGAAUUAAAGUGUACCCUUAGUGUCAAUAAUUUGUUUCCGGUGCACAAAUAUGUUUCCGUCAAAACAGGAAUAACUGUGGUUGUUGCAGAAGUGGAAGGGCCUGUAGUUGAUGGAUACUUUUGUUUAGCUACUGAAGCACAUGAUGAUGAUGGGCUCCCACAUACUUUAGAACAUUUAAUUUUUCUGGGUAGUGAAUUGUACCCUUACAAAGGUGUUCUUGAUUUAUUAGCAAAUCGAUGUUUUGCCUCUGGUACAAAUGCUUGGACAGAUACUGAUCACACAUGUUAUACCAUAACUACUGCUGGGGCUGAAGGAUUUAUUGCAUUAAUGCCUAUCUACUUAGAUCAUAUAUUAUUUCCUACUCUUAAUGAUGCUGCAUUUACUACUGAGGUUUAUCAUGUCAAUGGAGAAGGUCGUGAUGGAGGAGUUGUUUUUACUGAAAUGCAAGGUGUAGAAAACACUGGUGAAAGAAAAGUGAAUCGGGAAUUAACAAGAGCUAUGUACCCUGGUGAUUGUGGAUACAAGAGUGUAACUGGUGGUACUAUGCACAAUCUUAGAACUAGUACUACUAAUGAAAAGGUUCGUGAUUAUCACAAAAAAUUUUAUCGACCUGAAAAUUUAUAUUUAAUAAUUGUUGGAAAUAUAAAACCUAGUCAAAUUCUUGAUGCUUUGAAACCUUUUGAAGAGAGAAUAUUAUCAAAAGGCACUAGACAAGAUGCUUUCAUUCGACCAUGGCAGACUCCAGUUUUGCCUCUUACUUCAUCUAUUGAUAUAAAUGUUCCUUAUCCGAAUGAUGAAGAAGAUAUUGGAUUGGUAUAUAUGGGAUGGAGGGGACCAUCUGCUGUAAAUGAUUUUUAUAGGAUGACUGCAUGUUCUAUUUUACUCAAGUACUUGACAGACACUACUGUCAGUCCUCUUCCCAAAGAAUUUGUUGAUGUUCCAGAUCCCUAUGCUAGCAAGGUUUGGUUUUCAAUGAGUGAAAACUCGGAAUCUUUACUUCUGUUAAAUUUUGAUAAUGUUCCUAUUGGAAAAAUUCACCAGGUAAAGCCAAAGUUAGAUAGUGUUUUGUCUUCCAUUCUUAAUUCUGAAAAGCCAAUUGAUAUGAAAAGGCUCUCAACUGUAAUUAAUCGUUAUAAGUUGGAAAUUUUAUCAAAUUUAGAAAAUUCUCCCCAUGACUGUAUUGCAUUCAUGGUGAUUGGUUAUGUUCUUUAUGGAAACACACCUGAAGAUCUGGAUGAUCGGCUGAAUCAGGUGAAGCUCAUUGAAAAGUUGCUGACUGAGCCAAUGGAAUUUUGGACUGGUUUACUCCGUACUUAUCUGGUUGAAGGGCAUUGUGUAACUGCCAAGGGAAUACCUAGCAUCAAGGAGCAAAUAGCAAUGAAAGAAGAAGACGAAUAUAUAUUCGAAAUUCUUGUUAAACAUUUAGGUCCUGAAGGCUUAAAGAAGAAGGGGGAAGAACUUGCAGCAGCAAUGGCUAUUAAUGAAAUUCCACCUCCUGAGGGAAUGCUUUGCUCUGUUCCAAUAUCAUCUAUUGAUUCCAUACAUUUCCACACAAUAUCUAGUACCACAAGUGAUUCAAAAGUUCAAGAUUCAAGAUUUAAUCUAAGUAAUGUUCCAGUUUUUAUGCAACUUGACCAUUUACAAACAAAUUUUGUUUACAUUAUUGCUCUAUUGGAUUCUAGUUCUGUAGAUGAUAAAUUAAGACCAUAUUUACCCUUACUUUUGGAUCUCCUACAAGAAUCACCAGUAAAACGUGGCAAUAACAUUAUUCCCUAUCAAGAAAUAGUAUCACAACUUGAAGAAGACACUAUAGCCACAGUUUUCAGGGUUGGUCUUGAUUCAAGUUCAAGAUUUCAAGCAGGUCCAUUCUCAUCCACAAUAAGUGUUGUUCUUCAGGUAGAACCAAAGAAAUUUGAACAAGGAAUAAAAUGGAUUCAAGAGUUACUCUAUAACACUGUUCUGACUGAAGAAAGAGUUAAAGUUCUUGCAACUAAAAUAGUUAAUAAUGUCUCAGAAAUCAAAAGAAAAGGUAACGCCAUGGCUUAUGAUCUCAUGAGAGGCUUGCUGUAUGGGAAGAGAAGUAAUCAUCAUGCUAUUAGUGCUUUGCGUCAAACAAGGGUUCUGUCAUCUGUGAUUUUAAAACUUCAAAAGGAAGAUACCGCUUCAGAAGUAAUGAACGAUUUAGAAAAUCUGAGGUCUAUUCUCACUCUUCCAUCUAAUAUGGUUAUCCAUAUGUCAGCAAAUCUUGAUAUUCUUUCUUCACUUUACCAGAAUCCCCCCAGGUUGUUGAAUAAUUUGCUUCCAGCAAACGUUGACCCAGUAAAAGGAAGGUUAAGGGCUGUUCCAGACUGGAAGUUGUUACAAGAAAGAGAUGUAAAGGAUUCCUGUGUUGCUGGCAUGGGUUCAGUUGAAUCAGCUUUCUUUGUUCAAACUGUACCAGGUAUCUCUGAUUUUAAUGACGCAGAUCUCCCCAAAAUCCUUGUUUUUUUCCAGUACAUUUCGCAAACAGAGGGACCUUUGUGGAGAACUUUGAGAGGCCAGGGACUUGCUUAUCAUUAUAGCCUGAUGGCACGGCCUAAUGAAUCCAAAUUAUUCCUUUAUUUCUAUCGUGCAAGUAAUGUGAUUGCUGCUUAUAAAGAAGCUAGAAAUGUUAUUGAAGGAAGGUUAGGAAAAAAUGUGAUAUGGGAAAAAACAUUAUUUGAAUCAGCAAAAUCCUCUUUAAUCUUUGAAAUAGUCCAUAGGGAAAAAUGCAUAGGAGAUGUUGUUGGUCAAAGCCUUCUUUCUUAUUUUAAGAAUGUGGGCCAUGAUUAUAACAGAAACCUUAUAAAGCAAAUAUCAAAUGUUAAAGAAGCAGAUAUGGAAAAGAUUGGAUCAAAAUAUAUUGCCCCAUUAUUAGAUAUGUCAUUGGUUAAAACUACAGCUGUUUGUCAUACUUCAAAAGUCUAUGAAAUCACAAAUGGUCUUAAUCAGUUGGGUCUACAUUUAAACAGUUUCGCAAAUCUAGAUCAAAGCUUCUUAAAUGAUGAAUAAAAGCUAUAAAUCUUUUAAGAAUUUAAGCUUUAAAAUUAAACUCAUCAUAUUCAGAAUUUUCUCCAUAUUUGUUUUCAAUUUUAUUUUCUGAGAUUUGAGUAUCUUUUACAAUAAAUCAUCAAGCUUGUAUUUUAUGGAGGGAAAAAGAGAAAUUAACUUCGCUACAUUAAAAAUCAUGUGCCUUUAUAUAAUCUACCUCAUUGCAAAUAUGGAUAAAAUUUCAGUUCUUUUUAAAAAAGAAAAUUUUCAAUUUGUAGGUUCAAUCUUUUCUUUUUUAAUUGAUAUGAAAAAAGUUAUGCCAUUUUUAUUUUUCAUUGUGUUAUUAAAAAAGUGAUAUUUAGAAAAAAAUUUAAAUAUCUUUUGAGUAUUCUUACACAAAUUUAAAAAAAAAAAAAAUACAAUUAAAUAAGUAAACUUUAGAUAUAAUCUAUUUCUUUACCUUUAAACCAGAAAAUUAAAUACUUUAGGUUCAUUUAACCUAGAACCCAGUUGAUCUUAUACAUUUUGAUUGGUAUCUAUCAUAUACAGGCAUUGACCAUGAUGCUGCAAUACACAAAUCUUCGGUCUCAAUGUGAAAUUGUCAACAUAAGUACAAAAUGCUUUGAUUUAAGGUUAUUCUACUAUAUAUUUAUUAGCACAGUAUAUUGGUCAGUCAUUAAAUUCCAAAUACAUAAGAAAAGAAAAGAACGCAAUAUAUCAUAAGAUGGAGAAAUCUAAUUCUUAUUUUAUCAGUAAUUAUAAUUAGCAAAUAAUGAAAAUUAAUUAAAAUAAUAAAUGGAAUCAUUAUAAAGAUAUCCCACUUUUUGUGUGAUCUUCUUAAGAAAAAAAAAAUCGAAGUGUGGUGGCUAGGUAAAAAAUGUAGAUAAUUUAUUUUUUUAUUGGUAUGAAAAUUCAUAUUUGAGUCUUUUUCGAGGUGAGAAUUACAAAUAUCAACUCUGUUUUCGCUUAAAAAGAUAUUUGAACCUACUUUCUGCCUUCAGUCAGUACAGAUUGUUUCAACGUUGUACUCAUACUACAGCUCUAUGCUAAAUAUAUAGUCAUUUUGAAAUGAAAUGGGCUAUAAUAGAACUCUCCUAAAGAAUAUAAACCGAAAAUAAGAGCUAAAAUAGUAAUAGAAUCAAAAACAUCUUAUUGAAAAAAUUUCUAAUCAAUUUACUACAUGAUUUUUUUUUUUUUUCGUUUUGUAAGGAAUUUAGUAAUGUUUUAAAUAAUCAUGGGUAUCAUCAACAAAAAAGCUUGUACAUUUGAGUCAUUCACAAAUAAAGUUUCUUCUCCUUCUUAACUUUUUUCCUGAAAUUUCGGAAGAAGUUAUGACUAUUUUUCCCACCUGAAGGACAAGGAAACUUUCAAAAUAAUGGUGCAAUCUUGGGAUUUGAUGAAGAAUUAACAAAGAAAUUGAUUACCGACAAAAAAACACCUUUGAUAAAUAAUAUAAACUCCUCUCUCAAUCAUAGGAACCUCAAGUCCAUGUCAUGAGCCAUGUAUCCCAUGGCAGUACUACAAUUGACUGAGGUUGUGUGCCUGAGAACUCUUUUUCAUGCCUUAUCUUGAAAAUGGUACAUUUUUGGGCUUGAAAACGCAGUGUUUUUAUUAAGAAAAACAAAAGUGGAUAGUACGAUUCGCUAAAACCCAUGAAAUUCUGAAUACAACAGUAUCCCAUUCAUGGAAUUUGACCAUGACAGGAGCUUAUAUUUUGUAUAAAACCGAUUUCAAGCCUUACUGUAAUAAGAUAUGUGGGGGUUUGUUUUAUAGUUGAUAGUAUAUCACUUGCUAGUAGUUAUUAUUAAAAAAAAACAACCUAAACAUUAUGAAAAUUUAAUUUGUUUAACCUUUUUUUGUCUCUCAUUUAAAAGUUGAGAUUUGGCAGUUAUAUUAUUUCUUCACAUGGAGAACAACGGAAUAUUUUAAUGAACAAUAUUUUUUGAACAGUAAAAAAUGGAUAUCUUCAGUUAUGUUUGUCUAAUUUUUAAAACACUCCAGUUUUUUUUCAAUGGUUCAGGAGAGGAGAAAGUGUUUUUCCUCUUUUAAAUAAAAUUUAGGAAUUAGUUUUUCGGUAGAAUUUUGGAGCUUAAUGGAAAUAGACCAGUUGUUUAUUCUAUUUACAGCAUCCUUUAACUUGUAUUACAUAGUGCCAGUGUUUUCAGGACAACAGAUAAUGGCUAAAUAAUCUGUAAACAAUUGUGGCUUGACAACGUUUGGCUCGAUGAAUCCUUAGUCAUUUAUUGCCAGAUAAAACAGAUAUGACCAAGGACACAACUCUGAGGGACACUACUUAUCUUUCCAUAGUAUUCGAAUAGUUCAAAAUCUAUUCUAACUAUGAAGUGACUGAUUAAACAAAAUUAGAGAAAAUGGAAGGUUAUAGGAUAGAGCCACAGCAUUUAUAAUUAAAUUUUAUAGGAAAAAUCAGUUAAUAUGUUUGCAAUAAGCAAAUGACUGUCUGACAAUUCUCUGUUGACUAUAAUAUUGCAGCAGGAAAAAGAGAUUUUAGGGUAAUGUGUGGACUUUUUAUAUGUGUCAGAUAAUGUUAUCAAGAUAUUUAUGGAACUUAACAAUUUGUCCAUGACUACAUCUUAUAUUUAUUGAAUAAAUUUUUGCACAUAGACUGCUAUUUUUUAUAUUCCAUCAAAUUUUCAGGUGUAUAGUUUUUCAAAAAAUUAUCAGCUCUAUCAGAAUCUUUUUUAAUUUUUUUUUACAAUCAUCAUUCAUCCAAUGAACAAAAAUAGUCUUGGUAAACCUGAGGUCAUUGGUAUUGAUGGUUUAGCUGUUUGUAUUUGUAAUGAUUCCACAACUGUUUUUCCGCUUCCUGUUUAUUCAGAAUUGGAUACAAGGAACCAGUAUGUGUCCACCUUCCAUUCGAUACUAUAGUCCAGCGUCAUUACCAUUUGUCAAUCUCCUUCCUUUCUUCGACUCCAGGAAUGCGAUUCUUUCUUCUGCAAUCAGUACUAUUGGUGGCAUCCUGGCCACCACACAUGCUGCUUCAUAUGAAAUGCACUUAUCUCUCUAGGCACUCCGGUGGAAUACGAUUACCAUUGGUUUUCUAUAACCCAUAGUAUCAAAGGUCCUUUUCCUUAUAACAGCUGCGUAGAGUUAAAUAGAUGGAACGAUGCUUGAUAGCAACAACCUGCGACUGUGCCUACGUCCAUCAACAUUUGGCAUUAGUCGGCACAGAGUGAUGGUCACUCUAGAUGCCUCUUUGCUCGCUCGCUCGCUGGAUAUGCUCCUUGAAGCUGAAUCUUACAUUGAUUCACACCCCAAGGUAUGUCAAGAAAGGCUUGGACCUUAUCUCCUUUCUCCCCACAGUCAGGGUGAUCUAUCUCUUUUUCUGCUGCUGUUCAGAAGGGCUUCUUUCUUGUGGUCUAUGUACUGCAGUCCCAUCGUUGCCAACCAGUUGCAAAUUACUUUAAUACUUUGGUUAGCCUUUUGCAUCACCUCUUCUUUGCAUUUGGCCUCAACUACAACUGCUAAGUCAUCAGCAAAACCCACUGUUCUGGAACCAUCUGGAAGGCUGUGUCUGAGAACACCACCAUACAUUAUGUUCCACAGUAGGAGUUCCAGCACUGAACACUGGGGUAUCCUCCUCCCUCCCCCAGUAACUUGAAACCUUGGGUCAUCCUCUGUCCCAUAUAUUAGUGUUCUAUCCUUAAAGUAGUCACUGACUAUCUUCCUAAUGCCCAACGGGACUCCCAUUGCUUACAGGGCAUUCAAGAUGCAGCUCUGUUUUGCUGUUAAAGGAAUUCUUGACACCCAUUAUGAGGACAGCACAGUAAUACUUCACUCCUCUCUUCCAUCUCUUUCCUGUGAUAUCUUUCCCAGCUGUUUCUGUCACCAAGGUGGAUCUCCC